AAGUAGGCCUACAUCUAAAGUGUACUUCAUCUGGUGUGUAAAAAGGACACAUACUGAUGAAAUACUGAGACUCAACGUUUUCCCAUCAUUCCUCUAAUCUAACUUGGCAAUAAAUAGUGUGUGAGUGGGCCUGCAGUAGCCUAUAGUCGAAUAAAUUAUGGCCCUAUUCGUCACGUUCGUGCAUGCAGUGUCAAGGUGUUGGCACGUGGGACGUUGAGGCUUACAUGUGGCCCUUGAAUGCAUCAUUGUGUUUCCUCACAGCUUUCCAGUGAACGGUUAAUGUCUCUGCUGGCCGUCCUCUUCCUUCUCCUCCCACACAGCCGAGCCGAUACAAACAUUUCUGUACAGCUCGGAGACUCUCCAACUAUCCGACAGGGAUCAACACAAAAGAGAGAGAGAGGGAGACAUGGCGCAAAACGAGAGCCAAAGUUCAACUUUCCCUGCUAUUGUGGAGCUGAACGUGGGCGGGCAGGUGUAUGUGACCCGACUUGAAACUCUCACGGCGGUGCCCAACUCUCUCCUGUGGACUAAGUUCACCCAGAGCUCCCCGGGCGACCUGCCAAAGGACGGCAAGGGGCGCUUCUUCUUCGACCGGGACGGCUUUCUGUUCCGCUACAUCCUGGAUCAUCUGCGGGACUCCGAGCUCUUCCUGCCCGAGUACUUCAAGGAGCGCAGGAGGCUGCAGAAGGAAGCGGACUUCUUCCAGCUGCCGGAGCUGUCGCGGCGCCUGGCGACGGUCAGCAAAGACAGCUCGUACGCGGAGGACAGCGGGGAGCCGGAGGACCCCGAGCUCACCAGCCCGGUCACCACCUCCUCCUCCUCCUCCUCCUCCUCGGAGAGAACCCUGCGCUCUCCUGGGUCCACCGCCGGCUACAUCACUAUCGGGUACCGGGGCAGCUACACCAUCGGGAGGGACAUCCAGGCGGACGCGAAGUUCCGCAGGGUCGCCAGGAUCACCGUCUGCAGCAAGAUCUCUCUGGCCAAGGAGGUGUUCGGAGAAACCUUGAACGAGAGCCGCGACCCGGACCGCCCGGCGGACAAAUACACCGCCCGGUACUACCUGAAGUAUAACUUCCUGGAGCAGGCGUUCGACCGGCUGGCCGAGGCUGGUUUCCAUAUGGUGGCCUGUAACUCCACCGGGACCUGCUCGUACGGCAGCAAUGACCUGGGGGAGGACAAACUGUGGACCAGCUACACCGAGUACGUGUUCUCCCGGUGAGCGCGUGAGAGCGCGUCCUUGGUCAGAGGACUCAUCCGCCAACACUUGGAGCUGCUCCAUUGCUUUGACACUGUCAGUUGGGCCGCGUUUAGUUUCAGUUUCUUGUGUUUCUCUCCCUCUCUGCUUGCUCUGUGCAGUAGAGGCUCAGUCAGGGUUGAUAUUGUUCUGCCAUGUUCUCCUCACUUCCUCCAAACCCAAUCCAACAUAAAGCGCAUGGGUUCGUUCGGAGUGAAGUCACAUCACUGGGUCCUUAGCGGUGUUAUUUGUGUGGCCUUGUAAUUCUUCAUAGCUUUUACUGAGCUUUGUUCCUAAUUUAAUGGUUAAGUGGUUUCUGUCAAAGGUUAUUGUAGUGAGGAUCCGAAGACAAAUGACAUAUACACUGUAAAAAGCCUAUUGUUCUAAUAGCAUCUCAAGUCUUUCAUGUUGAGAAUUGUUUGAUAAGGAAGACACUGAGUUGCUUUUUCUGUAUUUUGUUGCUUAAUUUGCUUCUCAACUAUGCUUUCUAGGUUACACGUUGGGACUUCACAAUGCUUCAUUGAUAUGUGCCGUCUAUGAGCUAUUGUCAUCUUUAGAUAUGAGGCCACCGCAAAUAAAGUGAGACAUAACACUAUACACCCCGUUGUUCCUGUGAGUUCACUGUGAACACGUAUCGGAGUUGUGGCGUUAACUGAUGCUUCUUUUCUUCCAAGUAUAGGCGCACACAUCUGAUUUCUUCUCACGUCGCCAGUGUUCUUUGUGAUUCCUCUGUGGAGGCAUUUUAGAAGUUCACAAGAAAGACAAUCUUUAGCUGGGCUCCUUCAAAUGUUUAUUUAUGACCUCACAUUUUGACUGAGUGCCAUAUCAAAGAUCAAGCCCCCCCUAUACUGAAUAAUAGAUGACCUCAAUAGACUAUUAUGUCACCAUACCAGAAUCUGACCGGAAUUAGUUCAAAUAUUAUUGUUUAAGCAUUCAAUGUGACAUUUAACAAAUGAUAAAUUCCAAAGGAAGAGAGAAAUGGUCCUAUGAAUACAUUUUGCUGAAGUGCAGCAUGCACUUAAUAAAUACAUACUAUUCAGA